GCCACGAUCAUGGGGGCGGCCCACAACAUUCGCAGCAACAUACCUAUGAGACCGACGCCUUUGAUAGCUACCGCCUGUACCUCAAAGCAGCCGGUAUAAACAAAGUAUGCCUCCCAUAAUGCUACACUGCGGCCUCGUCUAUGACGCCUGUCAGGAAUCUAGUCUAUAGUGAUACGAGGCGAUAUACGUAUGCAUCAGGUCUCCAUAUUGUUCUUCUAUUUAUUCCUAUUGUAUGCUCACUAACUAGGGGAGAACGACAUGUACCUCAUGGUUUGCGCAUCCGAUUGUCGCCGCUUUCUCAUGGCGGAGUAGCCGAUAGGUCAGAAACGCACCGCGAACAAUGACUCCCAACAGAUCUGCCGUCAUUCUCUCAUUCAUACUGAGCACAAAUAGCCGAGAAUGUGCAACGAAUUUCAUAAGCCACUGCACAUCUAUAGACCACGCGGCAGCACCUUGUGCUCAGCAUUGUCCCCGCCAGCCGUGAAUUCUCAAUAUGUCGGGUGCCAUCAUCGAGAAAUGAGUAGCCUUGUGACCUUGUGCCAAUAUUGAUGUGCACUACACUCAGAGGGCGUUUUCCCACCGCCGGGCAGUCCUGACUCCUGGGGCCGUAUCCGCUUGCAAUUCGCCAUGGAUCAUAUGGCAAGGACGCAUAUAAAGACAUAAGAAUGUGCCGAGUUGCAUGGAGUGGAGCACCCCUCUGCCUUCAAGUUCGCUACAAUGCUUCUCUCACUUCGCAUUGCCCUCGCGCUUUUAGUGGGCCAUGCUGCCCUGGCCUCAGCUGUUCCCUCACCCAGGAGUCCUCCUUCCGUCACACUCGAUCAGGGCACCUUCAUCGGUGUCCCUGAUGGCGUUGCAAAUAAGUUUCUCGGGAUACCUUUCGCCCAGCCCCCGACCGGAGACCUCCGCUUCCGUCUUCCUGUACCUAAUGGUCCGUACAAUGGCACUCAGGAUGCAACAUCUUUUGGGCUCGCUUGUCCUCAGCAAGUCUCUCAGGUGUCGCUGCCUAGCGGCAUCGUCGCAAACGUCACCAACUUCAUCCUCGACGCCGUGGCAGACAUCAUGACGCCUAAUGGCGAAGAUUGUUUGACAUUAAAUGUCUGGACCCCCGCUAACGUCCCAGCUGGCACUAAAUUGCCAGUGGUUGUUUGGAUAUUCGGCGGCGGGUUUGAAGGCGGUGGCACAAGCACGUUCGACGGCGGCGUCAUUGUCUCCCGUUCCAUCGAAAUGAACAUGCCGGUAGUAUACGUGAGCAUGAACUAUCGAGUGACGGCCUUCGGAUUCCUCGCUAGUCAAGAAGUCAAAGAUGCAGGCGUGGGUAAUCUUGGUCUGCAAGAUCAACGUCAAGCCCUGCAGUGGGUGCAGAGAUAUAUAUCUGCAUUCAAUGGCGACCCGUCGAGAGUGACAAUGUGGGGCGAAUCUGCGGGCGCAAUUUCUGUUGCUCUGCAGAUGCUGACCAACGGCGGGAACGCAGAGGGGUUGUUCCGCGGGGCCUUCAUGGAGUCAGGCUCGCCUAUCCCUGUAGGAGACAUCACGCACGGGCAAAAGUACUAUGAUGCGCUGGUCUCCGAGACGGGCUGCUCGGGCGCUGCGGAUACCCUGCAGUGUUUACGCGGGGUGCCUUUUGAGACCCUGAUGAAUGCUGUGAACCAAUCGCCUUCGAUCUCUUCCCCGCAGUCGCUAGCCCUCGCCUGGACACCUAGGGCUGACGGCGUCUUUCUGCCAGAUGACCCUCAGACCCUUGUUACCCAAGGAAGUGUGGCAAGCGUACCCUUCGUGACAGGGGACUGCGAUGACGAAGGAACUGUCUUUGCAUUGUCGACUCUAAAUAUCUCCACGGAUGCCGAAGUGCAAACGUACUUCAAGACGUUCUACGUCCCAAAUGCUACAUCUUCUGAGCUCGAUACCAUGCUGCAGCUUUACCCGCAAGACCCUGCUCAGGGUUCUCCGUUCGAUACGGGUGAUCUCAACGUAUUGUCUCCGCAAUACAAACGCAUUGCUGCCAUACUCGGGGAUCUCGUCUUUCAAGCACCUAGACGGUUCUUCUUGACCACUCAGUCCAGCAAACAAAACACUUUCGUCUUCCUGAACAAGCGACUUAAGGCUACGCCCGGUGUGGGCACUGCGCACGGUACUGACCUUCUCAAUGUUUAUGGCGGAGGGGACAUGACAGACUACCUGGUCAACUUCAUCAACGAUCUCAAUCCGAACGGUCCAGGUCUACUGAGCUGGCCUACGUAUAGCACGUCGAGCCCUCAACUUCUUACAUUCCUGGACGGACUGGUGCCGCUAGCCAUCACGGAGGACACCUACAGAGCGGAUGGCAUGAACUUCCUUACUCAACUGUCGCUAGCGGACCCGAUCUGAAACUAUCAAUUCAUUAUGUCGGUUUUCGUGUUCAUCGG